CAGGCGGCAGCAAUGGCGGCGGUAGCGGCGGCAGGAGCGGGAGCGGUGGCGGCCCCGCCGCGGGGCGUGCGCGCCUGGCUGCGCAGCGCCUUCCGCUUCGCCACCGACCGCAACGACUUCCGCAGGAACCUGCUGGUGAACCUGGGGCUGUUUGCUGCCGGGGUCUGGGUGGCCCGGAACCUGACAGACAUCGACCUGAUGGCCCCACAGCCCGUCCCAUAGGAAGGAGCUGGAGCUGCUGGGAGCAGAGCUCAGAUUCCCAC